AUGAUUGAGCCAGUUGCAAAAGGAACAUCGACGGCAUUGAAUCUGGAACUGGAGAGGGGGUUGCAACGUGCUGUUGGAAUAUGCAGAACAUUCGACACUGAAAAGUUUCGCGUUAACCCAUCAUACGUUGAUUUCAAAAUGAUCUUCCCUUUUCCGACAGCUUGGGUGGUCAGGCUUGUCCCAAAACCAUGUACUGCCAAAGGGGACUCGAAUGUGGCAUAA